CAAGGUAAUCCAGGAUAGAAUUUCAAUUGUCCAAGCGACAGUACCGGUACUUCCGAGACCCCUUACUCAAGACACUCUCCUCAAGGUUUAAUUAUAUAAACAUGUCCUAUAUCCUCCGCAUCGCUGGUGGUCAGCCCAAUUUCCGCCCCAGGCCUGGGCCAAAGGCUGACCAUCGCCCUCGCGCGGCGUCGAGCGCUGCGGGCCCGAUCGCUUCUGGGCAAUCACCUGCGCCUGCUCCCCCUCCCCAGGGCAACUUCCCGGUGUGGUGCCUGCCCCUGCUCGUGGCUUCUGCGGCCAUGCCAAUCUACGGCUACAAGAAGCAAAUGAAGCUUAUUGAGGAGGCUCGCGCCCGGCAGCGCGCCGGCGUUGUGGCUGCCGCUACCCCGGCUUCCGCGCCCGUCACCAAGACUGGCAAGUAGAUCAGACACGUAGAAGAGCGAGCGGCGAACGAGUGAGGGUCCGCGACCUAAAGGCGAUCAGCUUAAAUCGGCCUUGUGUACUGCUGCUGGGAUGGUCGUCGGCGCAGCUUUAAUCGUCGUCAGCGAAAUUUCCGAUCGCAGGGAGCGGACGAACCGUUUGGAUGACGCACUCGCACCCCUGCGACGGCAGCGUCGGCAGCUGCCAGAAGACAAUUUCGGCAGACGCGUUGAAGACGAAGGGCCUGCGGAUUAGUGCACAAUAAAGUUAUGGCGGUCAUGUGCUUACUCUUCUGGUUAAAUGUUUUUACUGUGCAUCUGUCAGUUGAAAACUAUGCGCCCAUUCCCUAAUGAAGGUGUUCACCUUAAGAAAGAAAGGGUUAUUCACCAAAAGCAUCGACAUGGAUGCCAGUUCAAAUAUAAAGUCAUUGUCAAAUAGGGACGAUUUCUGUCGGGGCACUUGUACGGCACGUCCUUUGUGGCAACUAGCAAUGCAUAUUGCAAUUGUCUCUUGGCCAUAGUCGCGUGUUGCCGUUAUCGAGUGCAAUCUAUCCUCAUAAGCUUGGUUUGUUUAGCAGCUGCAAGGAUAUUGUAACGGUUUGAAAUUUG